AUGUUGGCUAUUCUCAGCAUUAUGUCGGACCGAAAUACAGAGAGAACCACCACAAGAUUCCUGUGUUUUGUGGUGGCCAAACUGCCGAGCCAAAUGUUGGUAGCUCUGGUAUCCUUCUCAUGCGUUGGUCCAUCUCGCUUUUACGAUCGUUUUUCCGCCGGUUUUCCAGUUUGCAGGUGCUUGGAAGGUGGUUUGGAUGUCGAUUCAAGGGUGAUGGGAUUGGUAGACACCGAGGAUGAGGAAUUGAUCAAGGUUGCCUAUGACAUAAAAGAAGGAAAGGGCCCGGAUGAAAGUCUAUUCUAUUUAUAUAGAUGCAGCAGCGAAAAGGAAUACUGUAUCGAACAUAAAUAUAUAUAA